AGUGCAACAUUUCACAGUGUUUCAGUGCGCUCAAAAAAUUUGUUUCAAAAUAAAAUUAAAAAUUUGUUUAAAAAUAAAAUUGCAUAACUAAAUAAGAAUGAUUUCUUGCCGAAAACCAUUGGCAGAUAGAAGCGCUUUCUUCUCGAACUCAGGUUCGCAUUCACGGAAUGGCGUUGUCAACUCAGCAGAGGAUUGGCUGCGCUUUGCAGACUAUAAUUUCAAAAACGGAAAUUGUGCAUCGCAUCCGGAACAGCAGCAGCGCUCCAAACAGAUGGGCUUGACAUCCGCCAUCAGCUGGGAUGAGCCUACUAUUGAAGAACUGCAAAGAACAGAGGCAUUACGCAAAGCAUUACAGCCAUUUAAGGUGUUUGAGAAUCAAAAUGAGCUUAAUCGUCGUGUGCAGAUUUUGGCUAAACUUAAUACGCUUGCCAAAAAAUGGGUUAAAGUUGCAUCAAUGGCAAAGAAUGUGCCAGAGGCAGUUGCCGAAAAGCUCGGUGCGAAAGUUUACACUUUCGGUUCAUAUCGUUUGGGUGUACAUCAUAAGGGCGCUGAUAUUGACGCACUCUUUGUCGCACCACGCAACAUAGAACGCACUGAAUUUUUUACGUCCUUUUUUGAGUUACUAAAAAACCAAUCCGAAGUGACCGAAUGUCGUUCAGUGGAAGAAGCCUUCGUGCCAGUCAUAAAAAUGAAAUUUGAUGGAAUUGAAAUUGAUUUGGUAUUUGCGCGUCUAGCACUGAAAGAAAUAACCGAUGAUCUUGAUCUAAGCGAUGAUUAUCUGCUUAAGAAUUUGGAUCAAUUUUCGGUGCGCAGUUUGAAUGGCUGUCGUGUGACAGACGAAAUAUUGGCGCUGGUGCCGAAUGUGGAGAAUUUCCGAUUAACGUUGCGCUCCAUCAAAUUGUGGGCGAAAAAACACGGAGUUUACUCCAAUUCUUUGGGCUACUUUGGUGGUGUGACGUGGGCGAUGUUAGUGGCGCGCACUUGCCAAUUGUAUCCAAAUGCAACACCUUCUACUCUCAUACACAAAUUUUUUUUGAUCCUGUCUCUCUGGAAGUGGCCAAAACCCGUACUGCUUAAACGACCUGUCGAUGUUGAUUUGCGAUUUCCGGUUUGGGAUCCACGUGUUAACGGUGCGGAUAGGUACCAUCUAAUGCCCAUUAUAACGCCGGCAUAUCCACAACAGAACUCAACCUUUAAUGUGUCGGAAUCAACAAAAAAAGUUUUACUGAAUGAGUUCAGCAGAGGAAAGAUUAUCGUAGAAGAGAUUAUGAAUGGUCGCGCUUCAUGGGAUCGACUCUUCGAAGCGCCCAGCUUCUUUUAUAAAUACCGCCACUUUAUAGCGGUUUUGGUUACAUCGCAAACCAGUGACGAUCAGUUGGAGUGGUGUGGCUUAGUCGAAUCAAGGAUUCGUCUAUUGGUAUGUAAUCUAGAGCGCACUCAUCAUAUUGCAUUGGCACAUGCAAAUCCUACAUGUUUUGAUUAUAAGAAAGGCGCUGCCGUCACACUAAAUAACAGCGGAAGUGAGGAGGAUAAAACACAGCCCAACGGCGAUCCACCAGUUUGUACAGCGCCAUUCUGUUCGAUGUGGUUCAUCGGCUUAGAAUUCGAACGUACAGAGAAUUUGAAUGUGGACCUUACGCAAACAAUUAAAUAUUUCGUCGAAAGUGUUAUAAUGCAUGCGAUAAAAAUACAAAUGUUCAGAGAUGGUAUGAAUAUCGAUGCGCAAUACGUGAAGCGUAAAUCGCUUUCGCAGUAUUUGGAUACGGAUUUGUUGAAACGUGAACGCAGGUCCAUGGAACAAGAAAGUAGUUUCAAUAACUCCAUUUCAGCCAAUUGUAAACGAUUGUUGACGGAUUUGUCAACACAGAAAGAGCCUGCGGCUAAAAGAGCGCGCUUGAGUGAAUCGACGAGUUCGGAAGAUUAAAGUAGAAUUCUAACUGAGAGAUCCAAUAUUUUGGGAAAUUCGUUAUGUUGUGAGGGCGGAAAAACCUCAUAUCUUUGGAGAGAGCGCGAAAUGAUACAUUUUCCAUAUUUAGUCGACACCUCACCAACAACUUGGCUGCAGACUUAUGUAUUAUUUCGCAAAAAUAUUUUUUAUCACUGUAUUAAACUGUAUUCAUGUUUUUAGUGUAUUUUAUUGUGAUUUAUUAAAAGUCUAAGAUUCUUAUGUAUACAACAGUUAUUUACAAACUGCUUUUUAACUUAGUUAUAUAAUUAUUAUUAAGUGAUAUAGGAAAACACAAAAAAAACGAAAACAAAAAAACAAAAAAAAUUACAAUAAAAAAAAAUAUAUUGUAUAUAUAUAUAUACUAUUCUAUG